UGCUUCAGAAGGAGGAAACCAUUUUGGUCAGUUGAUACGUGAACUUCUGCACGUAGGCUGUCGUGUACGUCAGUACGCUCAAUUCAUGCAAGAACGUGAGCUCGAGUUGCCGUCUCCCCGCAGCUGCAGUCCAGCUCUCAGCUGCGGAACAACAAUCGCUCGGUUAAUUGGUCCAGAGCUGCGGAGUGUCAGCAUCUGACGCAACAGGAGCACCUAUCCGCGAGGGGGACACUGAUACCUGAGCACUGUAUGUCUUGACUCGCCGGGUGUACUUCAUCACGACCAGCUCGGUUCUGCAGUGCAGGUCGCCCUGGCGCUCAAGCAAAGCCCCAGUGUGUGCGUCCCAUCCGUGGAAAUGCUGCCUCCGAAGAACUGCCUCCCGAGGAACUACAGCUGCAUCGCGGGGCUCUUCGGAAGCCUGACCGCGGCCAACCCGAGACUGGAGGAUGGAGAGGAGUGUGAUGUGAUGAACGGCUCGUGUGAACCCAUGGAGAACCCGGUGGUGGACGAGAGGCCACGGGGCAGGGAGAUUUUUCUCAAGACCCCGCAGAGCCCGAAUCUCCGCCGCAGGUGCAAAUCGCUCCCUACGCCUAUGGAGAGAGCGAAGUUGGAGAUCGCACGCAGCAGAAGUCCGACCAGUCAGAAAAAGGUGCGCUUCGCUGACUCCCUGGGCUUGGAGCUCAUCACUGUGAAGCACUUCGACGAUGCGGACGACCCGGAGGUGCCGGAGCGCAUUUUGGCGAAGCUGCCCAAGGCGACGCUCCAUCACCUUGACACAAAGUUCCCCCGCGCUCCCGCGCAGUCCGUGUUCAUGGAGCUGCAGUUCACAAACCCAGGCACGCUACCCGACUUCGAGCAGAAAGUCAGAGAGGUGAAGGUGCUGCUGGAGACGGUGCAAACGGACGACUUCACCCUCUCCGGCUUUGUGCGCGUCUUGAAUCUGGCCUUUGAGAAGAGCGUCUCUUUGCGCUAUUCCCUGAACAACUGGAUAACCUUCAUGGACAGCUUGGCCACCUACGUUCCAGACUCGAGCGACGGCGUCACUGACAAGUUCAGCUUCAAGAUUGUCAUGCCCACCUACUUAGAUAACGGGGGCACCUUGCAGUUCGCCAUUAAAUACUGUGUCGGCGGACACGAAUUCUGGGACAAUAACAACGGGAACAACUACAAGGUGCGUCGCCAUCGGCUAAAGAUGUCGCCACCUCGGGAGUGGGAAAAUGGUUGGAUCCACUUUAUCUGAGUGAUGGGGCUCCGAUUUUACGCACCCGAUUAAGUGCGUUAUCUGCGCGUAAUGAUCUCCGGGUAGACCUUAAUGUAACGACUGUAGCCUGUUAAAUGUUUGGAUUCGUUUCUUCUGUCAUAAUCAGCCACUAACAUGCUGUGACAGAAAAUAUUGACCCAUGCUAUUUCCAAACAGCUGCCCUGUUGUGAUGAUAUUACAUUGACUGGUUGAGCCUGACAGGGUCCCAGCAGGAGGGGCGGGGAUGCGGUCUGAUA